CCUGAAGUCACAGGGGAUAUCUCUAGGUCAAUGCACAGCACACAGCAGCGGCCCCCCAUGUCUCUCGUGGCACUGUCAUGGCAAUGCUCUUUGGAUAAGCAAUCUGGCACAUUAAGAUAUUUCAUUCCAUUCACGGAUAUUUAGGAUGGGAGCUUUAAAACCAUAUGCUAACCUUAUUGUAACAGAAAAAAAAACCAACCACCCUACAAACCUUAAAUUCUACCUUCAAGUUUAACUCUACAACUCCUGAUUAGUUCUGAUCAGAGUAAAGUAGUUCCUCCAUCAAACAGGGUAAAGAGUGAGGGGGAAGAAGAGGGGGAAAAAAAAGCAGAAAAGAAAAAAAAAUAAGAAAUAAACACACAGUUGAGUCACUGCAUCUUAAAUGAUAAUGGCAAGAAAGGAAGGAUGAUGAUGAUAGAUUGUGGAUAACACCGUACCUCAAACUAUCACUUCCACAUGCAGAGAGGAACCGAGGAGACAGAAUGGAACAAGAGGCACACAAAAAGGAGAAGCAGAGCCCCCCAGCACCCUGCAUCUCUCUCCCAUGGAGCAGGACUUGACAUCAGCCCAGCCACCAGCAGACCUUUACCCUACAGAAAGACUGUAUGGAGCAGGCUGGCAGCCCAUGGCAGCAGGGCAGAGGGGGCUGAGAAAGCAGCCCCAGGCCCUCACCCUGUCAGCCUUCCAAGACCUGCAAGACUUCCCAGAAACAAAAGGCAUCUUCUGCACUUCUAAAGGAUGGUCAAAGCCUUUAACCAGUCUGUAAAUUAUGUCUUCAUCUUCCACUGCAGUAAAGGGUUAAAUACAGCUCUGUGCAUGGGCACUCAGUUCACUUCCCUCCAUCUUUCUGCUUCCAGCACCAAACGUCUGGUCAGAAUUACCUUUGGACAGACACCCAUCCUUCCUUGCUUGUCCUCUCCUGAGCCUUCCCUUUCCACCUUUACAAUUUAAUUUACUGGGAUUUAAAAAUAAAUAGAAAAACAGUGGAUUCCCUAAGACCAACUGACCAAACAUCACUUAUGGACCAUCCCCAGUGAAUGCCCUUUCCCGCACACCACCAGAGCUAUGAUGUGUAGCCUCAGUAACCACACGGCCUCCUUCCCUUCUUCCUCACCCACUUCCUCAAAGCCCGUGUGCAGAGUUUCCCCUUUCUGGGGGAAUCAGUGGUAUCAGUACGACCACAUGUUGAAACUCUUUUGCACCGCAUGUUUCAGGCCAAGUCCUUUCUGAACAAUACACCUCACUUUGUAGGACGUACUACCCAAAGAAGAGAUGUAAUGAGGAGCACAGGCAGCAAAAAACAGUGGAACAUCACCAGGAUGCAGAGAUAAAAACAGGGAGUGUGGAAGUGUAAGUACUGUAAGAUGUGUAAGCAAGUUAUGUGUAAGGAAGUCCACGCAAAAGAUGGGGCAAACAAGUCACUACGCUACUACCAUUUUCACCUCAAGGAAACACCUGGCUUUGCUGCGUUCAUCUUUGUGUAGUAACCUGUCCAACUGCAGCCUUUGCUAUCACAUAUAUACUUGGAAAUCCUUAGUGUCAAGGAUGGACAAUUGCACAGCCAUUCUGUAACAGAGGAAUCCCCCUGGACAUGGAACGUGGCUCUUUUGAGGGCAGGAUCUGGGAUCCUGUGGGCCUCAAGAACAGCUUUUCUCUGGGUGCGUUUCUCUUCUCGUCAGCAGGCAGCUGAAAAAUUGGACUCACAUGGGUUAUGUGUGAAAGCAGAACAAUAUGCCAAGACAAGAUGAAACAGAUGUUUCAGGUCUACAUUACAAUUCAGACAGCAAUUUAAAUCAGCCGAAGACAUCAGAACAAAGUGCUUUUCGUAACUUAGAGAUCUGCAGUCCUGGAGGGCUCUUGUGGGGACACAGCCCCAGGAGAAGGGUGAGUUUCUUACCACGUUUCUGCACACCAAUCAGGUGCAGUCCUGCCCAGAUCUCCUACCCCCCAAGUGAUGAGGACAGCGAUGACUCUGAGGGAGAGAACCAGGAACUUGUUCAAAUCGACAGAGAGAGAAGACGGAAUUGUACCUUGACCCCUCUGGCCACCAACCAGCUCCAGAACCAAGAGAACCAAUGCUGCAAGGUCCGGGCCCUUCUCCAUGCCAGCUUGGAUCGCCACAGCUCGGAGGAGGAGCUGGAGCGCAUCAACCGAGAGUUUGCCGCUGAGAAGCGGAAGUGGUCCCAGGUCAGCAGGCUUGCGUGCUGCAGUGACAGCAACAACACCUCCUCCAGUGACGAAGAAGUGAAGAACUUGUGCGCCAUGUCCUUCCAGCCUGUUGCAGAGCAGGCUGAUGGUCUGCAUGCAAGUCCAAGCCCUGUGCUGUUCAGUGCCUCCCCUCCCAAGAGACUCCAGCCUCUGGUGCGCAACCCAGCCUCUAGACCUUUAAUCUUGACGGGUGUUGGGGCAGGCCUUGAGCAAGUCAUGCCGUGUAAGAGACAUCGACAAGGAUACGGGGAUAAGAUCUGCAGGCCCAGCCUUGACCUGGAAAAAAUGCAGCAGAAGAUGCUGCUGAAGAAGAAUUGUGGAAUGAAGACUAGAGUUAUUAAAAUUCGUAGCAUUAACGGAGGCCGCCCGCCACCUCACUUUGUGUAUGAUCCAUCCACCUUUGCCUUCCGUUCCCUCAGCACCUUGAAGCCGCUGAGCCCAAUAGCUCCAGUGGAAGAACCGUCAUGUGCCUACUGAAGGAAUUUCUCCAAAAACCUCAGGAACUAUCAACCAACCACCUGCCUGGCAAUGGGAAGGGACAUGGCUACGCCCGGGGGGUUGGGUGUGGGAGAAGGGGACAGUGACACAUCUUUGCAAUACAGUUUCCCUGGCAGCAGGAAACACACAGCUUUGCAGCAGUGACUGGUUUCAUACCAUUGCCACAUCUGAGCAUUAGCAGGUGGAGAGAUUUUGUCUUUCGAGUGCAAAAUGAGACAGAUGACAGGUUCAAAACUGUGAGGACAGUCACCGAGGUGAACAUGUGGAUGUGAUAGUUGAAGAUAUCCCUGAGGGGUUCAGGAGCUAGUAUAGGCCUGCAUGGCAGCAGUGAAAAGUGAUCAGGUCCAAACAGUUUUCCAAGAGUACUUGGGUCUGCAGUACUUUGAUGUAGAUCUGACCAUUCUUCCACUGAAAAAGGAGGGCAGGGUUGGAAACAGAGGCUAUAUUGGGCUGCCUGCAAAGGAAGAGGAUCCCUCUCUGAGGCUGUUAGGAUUGUAUUAAAUUCUGGCUUUCUUGAGAAAGACCCUGGGAUGGGGAUGUGGGAUGGGGUAAGUAGAAAAUAUAGUUCCAUGUACCAGCUAGUCUGCUGGCUCAGUAAUAUCAUCUGAAGUGAGAUUGAAACGGGAGGCACGAGCAUUCUGAUUAUAGAAUGGAGGAUUUGUGUUCAGCCAUCCAAAGAUGCAGAGUGCCCACCUGCAGUUCUCUCUUGGCAUCAUUAGGGAGAAGAACAUGAAUGUGUCUAUAUGCUCCUGGCUCUCCUCUCUGCUGAGGCUGCCUCUGUUUUGGGAUAUGCAGCAUUUGUCCGUAGUGUUGUCCUAGUUCAAUGCUGCACCUGUAGUGAUACUGAACACAACUGGCAUCAUCAGACUCAAUCAGACAAAUCAAGUGUCUCCAGCAAGUUGUCUGCUACCCCAUUAGGCUGGCUAUUAAAUUCAUAUAGACCUCUGUUCUGUCCCAGUGGAGCAGGUAUUCCCGUAUGUAGCAUGAAGAGGGAGGAAGGAGACUUUUUUGUAGCCAUCUGUUGGCAGAAGAAACAAGAAAAAAGCUUCUCUAUUGACAGUCCUGCAGCAGUUAGGAACCACAAUAAGUCUUGUUACCACUGGAGUCUGGCCUUGAGGCACAGAUGUGCUUUGUGCUACAAGGCAGCAGCUAGCAGGAGAAGCUGUCACCUGUCAUAGUGAGGCAGAGGAAUAAAGCAGUUCCUCUUGUUGCAUCUGAUAAGUCUUUACUGCAAGUGCCUGGUGGAGAGAGUAACCUCGUUGUCUUGCAUUCCUCAGCUUGAAUCUGCAUCAGGCUGGGUGCAAGUGGGAGUGAGUAAUUUACUUGUCUGGAUCAAAAGGAGCAACUGUGAAUAACAACAUAAAACUGGUUUUAUUUUUAAAUCUGCUCCACUGUAGAGGUCUUUGAUGCCACUCUUUGGAUGAGACCAGGGGUCAGUACAGCUCUCAGUAGGAGGCCACAGACUGAACCAGCAUAUGCUGGUACUUUCUGUGCUCUGAAACCCUUGGGGAAAAGCCUGAAGGCCACCUACACCCAGGACCCUGAAUCCCCUACCACUACCCUUCCUUCCCCAGCUGCCUCUCUCAGGCAAGCAGAGUGGCUGGGCAAGGCAGUGAGGAGAUGUCCAUCCUGAUGCUGCCCAGGCUCUGCCUGUUCCUUGUCCCUGGGAUAUCGCAGCUGGACCACCUCCCCCACCAGCGCUGACUCCAAAGGACUGCUUGGGUUUUCUGGUGAGGUGCUUCAGGCACACAUUGUGAUUCCCUGCAAAAGUCCCUUCUUCUGACAUAGGCUGAUUCCUCUGCUGAUUCUUCCCACUCCUGUAGAGACUGCUUAUUUCGUUUGGACGGCACACCACAGCUUUUAGCUGCUGCCAGAUUGAGCUGACCAGGGCAGGACAGGAUGCAUCACCUCCUCAGACCAAGUGCCCACGCUCAAGAGAAGGGACAGCUGCAACCCACCACUUGUUCUGCAGGAGGAAUGCAGCCCUCGUGGCCCCUCACCUGCGCUUUUGAGGUGCAUCCCUGGAGCUCUGUUCUUACCUGUGUGGAUGCUGCAGGCUGCCUUCCCCGGGGGCCCCAUGAAUGGGAAUGUGGAUGUCCUGCCCGUAUUGUUGCCUUUUAGUACUUUUUGUAACUUUUCUCUCUGUCUUUUCUUUUUCAAUCAGAAGGAAAAAUAAAAAUAAUGAAAUAAAGUGUAACAGCUGCUAUAUUCACA